CUAAACAGGUGUGAGCUACAAUAAUAAUAAUGCGAGUCUAUAAGUACGGGCAAAAGUACACGGUUUUUAAACCAGUUUUCAUUUCGCUCCGUGGCGAUACAAUCAGCGUUAACCGCAUAUAGAUAGCAGCUAUCGCACGGCGAAGUUUAUUCGUUUUCGUUCGCGCAUCCGAACAACACGACAACCAGAAUAUCGCUACAGAAUACACAGCUGCUGAAGACAUCAUGGCUUCGUUACAAGAGGUAAAACAUUGAUAAUAUUAUACUGUAAAACGAAAAAUUACGGUAAAUAAUAAUGUUUUAAUUGAAAAAAAAAAAAAAAAAAAACAGUAUAGUUUUCACUCGUUGAAAAAUUAAAAUUUGCAUAUUUUUCUCAUUGAAAGUACUACUAAAAUAUCAUCAUCAUAAAUUUCCUUUUUUAAUUUUUUAUUAUUAUUAUUAUUUUUAAUUGUAUCGGCGCAGUUAUUUAUAUUUUCAAAUAAUAUAGUAUUGAUAUAUUUUUUUUUCAUUUCCAAGAUCGCCGAUCAUUUUAUUCAAAUAUCAUUCGUCGAUCGUAUUUUAUUUUAACGUGUACACGUUUCCACACUAUGAUUGUGAAAUGACAACACGCUUUUUACCCAUAUUAUUUGUAAAACAGAAUGUUUAAAUGAUAUCGGUAACUUAUAUACUUCUGUAUAGCAACCAGUGGCGUAUCCUGGUAUUCACGCGUUUGUUCGUGGUGGAACCUAAUCUUCCAGGAACCGAAUUAUGAAAAAAAAAAAAAAAAAAAUGAAUUAUCUCUUACAAUUUGUAAUCUUUUUCAUUAAACUACAUAAAUAUAAGUGAAGUACCCCCCUCUCUCUCUAUGUUUUCUGUAUAAAACAAUCCUGGUUACAGCAAUGGCGAAUCGCGAUUGUUUUACUGUUAACUUAUGUGAACGACGAAUCGUAUUCUGAUUUUAAUCGCAUUUCACAAGACUUUAAAUUAGAUACGGAAUUUCGGUUCAAUUAUCAUAGAAUUAUAAUUGUAUAAAAUACCUACAAUACGCUCCCAGCGGUUUGGAUAUUUUAUCGUUGCCCUUCGCAGUGGCGUAACUACACAUCCAAACGCUCUAAAGCAAAUCAUUGUUUUCAUUUCUAUAAUAGAAACUAGAAAUUAUAAUCUUUGUCACCAAAACAGUGCUGUGACUGUAUUUUAAACUAAUUUAUUAUUAUUAUUAUUAUUUUUUUUUUUUUUUUUAGAAAAUAUUAACCCUCCCACGUUUUAUUACAUUGAAAAUUUCGUUUUAAUUUUAAACUAAAUAACUUUACACUUACACCACACCGCCAGGUAUAUUAUUAUACCUGUAUUUACAUUUUUUGCUUAUAUCCAACACGUGUCUAUGAAAAUAUGAAUUAAUUUGUACAGUGAUUGUUUAGCGUAUACCUAGGUACUAUGUAUAUACAUUAUUAUGUAUAGCUAUUUAUUCAAUGGUAAAUUGGUACGGUUACAAUAUUAUCAGUUUGCCACUGCAGGUGACGCGUCAUGGAUCGCAGUGGAUUGACGUGAACGACUAGCUAUUUAGUCUGCUUCGCGAGCACGUUUAUAUUGAUUCAGUAUUAACCAUAGUUCGUCUGCCAAAUACUUGACGUUCAUCAGCGCCCCUAUCACACACGCAAAUCCCCAAAAAACGUGUACGUCCCGAGGGCAACCGCCUCGGUCGUCCCUGCGGUUAGGUCGGGCCAUUGGCCUGUCGAUACUUGUAUAAUAUUACAAUAUAGGUACUUGCGAUUGAAAAUUUAUCACUCCGUGGGUGAGAGGGAGCAGUCGUCGUAGUAUAAUAAAUGAUUUCUAUACGAUCAAUCGUAUAUAAGAUUGCGGCAGUUUCUCUUUUAACCCACAAAUACAUUUCGUUUCAUCGCGGACACCAUCGCUAAUUUUAAUCGCUAGGAGGACAUUAUCAAAAUGUGUCCUCUCAAAUGAAAUGUCCAUCACACAUUGUUACCGCCUAUUAUAUUGGGUAUAUAUUAUGUAUGCACAGUUAUUCGUCGGGUGUUUGAUUACGUGGGCAUUUUAAACUAUAAUGGUGCCGCUAUAACAAUAUUUUACACUUUUUGACGUGUUAUAUAACAUAAUAUUAUUUUGUCGGAAUGAUGCCGGGAUAACGCACGUCAAUCUUAAGGUGCCGGGUUUUCGUAUUUUAUUCUUGGUUUUCGGUCGAGACAAAAAUGUUUGUUCGUGCGGUUUACCUCGACCGACCACGAAUCAGUAGGUAAAUUGUUUAUGUUUGUCGGUAUACCGCCAUGUCACAACUACCGCCACUACCACGUUUCGUAGGAUCUGUUGUAAAAAAAAAAAAAAACAAAAAACAGUCGAUUUUUCGAUCAACUCGUAAGAGAAUCUUUUUAACGUUGUAAUUAUCUCUUCGAAACAAAUACAAUUUGUAUUGCUAAUAUGGUUAUAGUGGCGUAAGUGAUAUGAACGGCCAACUAUAAUUAUACGUCAUGGCGAUUUCGUUUAAUAAUAUUAUUAAAAAGUAGGAUUUAUAAGGUAAUACAACAAUGCUUAUCUUCGAAUGAUUUUUUUUUUUUUAAUAUUUGUUUCGUUAUUUUCUUUUCUUGUUAAGUUACUAAGGCUUUUAACUGCACUUAAAUGUUGUGUCAUUUGAAAACGCUUAUUUGCUCAAUUUGCUUAGUCACAAUAAUUAUUACAAAAUAGUGUUUUUCUGUCGGUUUGAAAAACUGUAUUAGAAAACUCUUCGACGUAUUGUCGAAGUUUUGCACUGGCACUUUGUAUUUUGUAUAUUUUAAAUUACGAAACGAAUAUCAUUCACAAACAACAUGGUAACGUGCUUUUUUUUAAUAUUCAACGAUGACUGUGUCAAAACGCAUAAUUUUUAGCCGUUCAUUACGAUCGUAUAAUAGGUAUUUUGUGUUAUAUUAAAAUGGUUAAUAGAGAAAAUAGUUAACUAAAUAUGCCAUAAAAUAUGAAUUUAUUUUUGUGUUUUUGGAGUUAAAAUGUGCAAUUACAUUGCAUAAUAUUAUGUGAACACCCAGGCACCCACGACCCGUCCACCCGUUUUUUUGUGAACUGCGUGAUUCAAAUCGCGCCGCAGUACUAGUACAAUAUUUCGUUUUUAUUUUUAAAAUUACAAACUUCGGUAUGAUAUUUGAAUGAGAUAUAGUUUUCAGUAGCUUUGAUUUUUAUGAUUAUUGUCAACAUUUGAACUUAAAAACGCUUAUUCAAAAAAACUACCUACUAUACAUUUUGUCUCCGAUUUCUUUUUCCCUUUUUAUUAUUAAGCUGUUAAACUUAUUGCAAACGUUGCAUUAAAUUUUCGAACUGGGUUAAAAUAAUUUUAUUCACCACUAAAUGAAAACUAAAGAAAAUCGAACAUUUUAAACAACUCAAAAAUUGCCGGAAUGUUUUGAAAAUUGUACCACAUCUAAAAAGGGAUAAUAUAAGCAGCAUAAUUAAUUAAUAUUUGUUUUAAUUACACCUACGGUUUUUACAUUUUAAAAUAUAUAACAUUAUAAUUUGACGUUAUAUUGGUAACCGACCCGAAGUAUGUUUAAAAAAAAAAUAAUAUUCCUAAACUGCUGUAAAACAACAUUGAAACUUUAUACGAAAAAGAUUACGUUUCUUUUUCGGGUUAUAGUUACCGAAAAAAUCAAUAAAAAAAAUCGAUAUUACAGCAAUUAUCACUGCAAAUUCUCGUCUUUUAAAGUUGUCCUCCACCGGGAAGUGCAGUUUUGUAUAAUAAUAUUAUCAUCAUUUAUCACUAGCUACCUGUACAUUUCGUAUUGUUAUCAAUACAGCAUAUUGGUCCUUCAAAAUGUGGUAAUGAAUAAUAUUACGAGAGUCUGCGAUACGGAGGUCGACAACUUUUUAUUAAUAUAUAAUUCCGUCGUGGAACAAGAAUAAUUGUGCCUAAAACAUACAUUUCAAAAACAUUUUCUCACUGAAAUUUAUUUUUAAUUAUUUAAUUUUUUAAUUGUUCCAGCACGCGUGCACGUCAUAUAUUAUUAAAAUAAUGAGAUUUUCCUUUUGUGCGGAAAGCGUUACAUAUCAUUAUGGUCACUAUACAUAGUUAUUAAAACGACUUAAUACUCAUAUAAUAUAUGAUUAUUAGUUGUUACGGACAUUUUUUAAGCGAAUUCCAUCAUUUGCGCCUUUCCCUAUAUUUAUCUAUAUAAUAUUAUAAUUUUCUAUUUCUCCACAACGAUUCUAUCAUCAAUACUUUUACAUUUUUUUUUUUUUUUUUACAAAAUAUACGUACACACAUGGACACGGCAAUGUAAUGACUAAUUUUCUAAUUUGUUAUAGCGUUUCGAUGAGGCCGCCGAAAAAGUGAAAUCACUUACAAAGAGACCGACCAACGAAGAGCUAUUGCUACUUUACGGCCUUUACAAACAAGCCACUAUCGGAGACAACACCACCAGUAAGUAGAAACGGGUACACGUUAGUUCCGCUGAAUAUUGUGAAAACCUCUACAAAUAUUUUUAUACCACACUCCCCUGAAAAUGUUUUCCCCUCUUUAUGUGGUUACUGUUUUUAUUCGGGACGUACGCAUACGUAUAAAAUUGUUUUCUUUUUUAAUGUCCAAUAAAAACUUUGAAUUCAAUUUCAUACGUCACCAUGUCUAAUGUCCAUAAUGUGAACGCCUUGAAUAAUAAAUUAGUUCUAAUUCUAUCCUAUAAUAAUAUAUGUUUAUUCGAUUCACAUUAAGCGUGACCAUUUGACAUAUGACAUUUAAUGCAAAACGAAUACAAUUCUUUGUACAAACCGCUUAAACCAUUGAUGUAACUAUGAAUAACUAUUAUCAUAUUCAAUCAAUAUUUAUUCCGAAUGGAUAGUUUAUUAUAGAAAUUUAAAUACAAUAAACUCGACGAUAAAAAUUAAAAGGACUUAUUCAAAAUAUCAUGAAUGGUAUCUUAUAGACGAUAUUAUUAUGUUAUAGUAAAUCGCAUGGAUUCAGAUUAUGACUAUCUCGUUCUGAUCUAAUAAGUAGCGUUCAGAUGUUCAUAAAAUUGCAUAUCUUUUUUCUAAUCUUUCAAUUUAAUGCCGACCUCGAUACAAAUUUAAUUCAUGUUUCAUGUUCUACUGAAUCAAAUAAUACUAUUUUUAUUUUGCAUAUUUUUGCAUAUUCUAUUGCUUCUGUAUUUUAAAUGAAUAUUUUGAGAUUUUUAUGAAUAUAAAUGCAUAUUUCAACACCUACAUUUUUGAACUUUUUAAAAACAAUUUAAAAUUUAAAGAAAUUAAUACAAAUAUUGUAUCAUUGUGUAACGCUUUCAUUGUAAACUAAUAUGUAAUAUUAAAAAAAUAAUAAAGAAAAAUAACUGUUAAAAAAACUACUCAUACAAAUUAAAUACUUAAGGUAAAAUAUAUUUUUUUGUACAUAUUUUAGACUAUCUUGGUUUUUUAAGCUAAAAAUUCAUAUUUUAUGAUUUGUUGUGCAUAAACAUCCGAACCCUACUAAUAAGCAAUAUUAAUUUGCAUAGAAUAAAAAUUAUUUUUAACGAAUAAUCAUUAUCAUAUAUUUUACAAUUUGUGUUCGGCUUUUAGGUAAACCCGGUUUGUUCGAUCUGAAAGCAGCGAAAAAAUGGGAAUUCUGGACAAAUUUAAAAGGAACAUCCAAAGAGGAAUGCCAACAGAAAUAUAUUGACAAUGUCGAAGAUUUCCUUGGCAGAUACGCUUAAUUUAUGAAAUUCGAAAGAGAAAAUUGUUAUAUGUGUUUAAAAAAUAAGAAUUUAUUAUUAGUAAAUUAUUAUAAAAACAAGAAAUGUUAACGAAAUUUACGUGAAAAUUAUGUAUAAUAUAAUAUGUAAUAUUUUUCAUUAGAAUAUGUGUUAUUAUAAAAGGAUAUUUAAUACAUCAAGUCAAUAAAAACUAAAGAUUUUUAUAAAACUUUAACUUGAACAUUUUUUAAUAUAAAAAUCUUAUUUCGAAAAAUCGGUUUAUUUAAAAAUGUCUACGAUUAAUCGUAAAAAGCUUAAAACGUUAUUAAGCGAAUUAUUAACGAAUGGCUAUAUUGUGAAAAAAAUUAAAGAAUAUAACUUUAUUUAGAGAUUGAUAUGUUUUAGUUAAAUAUAUUAUUUUAUAAAAAAA